UUUAUUAAUUUGGGAAAUAAAAAUUAUAUCAAAUUUAGAAAGAGGUUAUGAAUUUUUGGGGUGGAAAGGUUAAAUGUUUGAAGUAAAAAUCAAAUAUUUUAUCGGUUCAAUCCUCUGAUAUAAGCUUUAACAUCUAUUUGGAAUUAUUUUGAACUACUGUGGCUAAAAUGGCUCAGUCUUCUGAGGUCACAAAGCUUCAACAGCAUUUGUCACUUCUGAAACAGGAAUAUUCAAAACUUCAAACCAAAUACAGAGAGAUUGAAUCAAAAUAUAAUACAAUAGCGGCAACCAAUAAUGAAAACACAGAAGAUACAUUUGCAUCCCGCCUCUUGAAAACCAUAAGCAGUCUUUAUGACUCGGAAAUAUAUAGUGAUAUAAAAAUUAAGCUUGCUGAUAGAGAAGUUUCUGCCCAUAAGCUAGUUCUCCAUGCCCGCAGUAAUAUUUGGAAUGAUGCUCUACUAAAGAACAAAAAUGAACUUGACUGGACUGAAAUGGAUUCAGAUGUGGGAAAUGCCAUGAUACUCUGGUUAUACACCAGUAAUUUGAGCUUAUCCUCCUCUGUUCUUGCAUUAAAGCUCAUAAGAAAAGCAUAUGAGUUCAAACUUGUCAGCUUGGUGGAAUUGUGCGAACAGUUUUUAAUAUCGGUAGUGAACAUUAGAUCCUGCGUAAAAUUUUAUUCGGUUGCCGAAGAAAUAGAGGCCAUUAAUUUACGAGAAUAUUGUUCAGGACUUAUAUCAACCCAUUGGGAUGAUCUGAAUACAUCUGACUUUGAACAUAUGUCGGGGCCCCUGCUUUACAAGAUGCUCAAGAGUAAAACACAGUUGCCUUUACAUUCAGCAGUGAGGCUGCAGAGAGAAGACGUGGUGUUUCUUUGCUUGGUGGAAAAUUCUUCAAGGCUGUCAGACAUCGUUAAUCUCUGGAGUCCAAAUGGUGAAUUGCCUCUGGAUUUGGCCCUCCGUUGUCGCAACGAAAGUAUCGGUGCCACUUUGGUUCAGCACAACGCAGACCUCAAUAUCCGCGAUAGCAAGGGAGACACUUUGUUACAUAGAGCAAUCAAACACGAAGACUCGUUUUCUGCCUUGUUUUUGUUAGAGCAAAAUUGUGAUGCAACAUUGUCUACUAGAAAUGAAAAUGAUUCUGCAUUGCACUUGAUCGCCGGUGCUAAUAAUAUUGAAGAUUGCGAGAAAAUUGCAGAGAAACUCAUAAACAAAAACGUCAAUGUCAACGCUCAAAAUCGACAGGGAUUCACACCUCUCCACAUUUCGAUCCAAGCCGACAACAAGCCGAUAUUCAAUCUGCUCUUGAAGCAGGACUAUCUAAACGUUAACCUGAAGACGAACGAAGAACAUACUCCGCUUUAUUUCUCUUUGCUCAAAUAUGAAUCGGGUGAUGACGCCGAAGACUCUUACGCCGUAGCUCUUCUCCAGCGUGACAUUCAGACUAGCCCUGUGUAUUCUGAGACUUGUAACAGUCUAUUACAGGUUCUGAUUUUGAACGGUGCAGAGAAUGCCGCAAUUUUUUUGAGUGGGAAGGUGGGGAAUUUAGACCAUGUUAACAGCGAAGGGGAAACGGCAUUGCACUUGGCAUGUUCCAAAAAUUGCCGACAAUUAGUACGUUCUCUAGUUGAACUUGGGGCCAAUGCUAAUCUUCUCACAAACGAGCUGAGACAGUCGGCUUUACAUUAUGCCAUCAAAAGUAAUUCGGAAGAGUGUAUCAGGGCUUUGAUUGACUUUAACACUGAGCUGGAAAAGACCGAGAAUACAGCAGAAUCCAGGGUCCCUUGCAACUUCAACUUGGCGGACAUGAACGGAGAUACACCGAUAAGUUUGGCUUUGAAUGAGGGCUACAAUCACUUAGUUCCAGUUUUGAUUGAGGGAAAAGCGGAUGUCAAUAUUAGAAACGGAAAAGACUUUACUUUGUUGCAUCUAGCAAUUUUAAAGGAAGACUCAAGCACUGCAAUUUUCUUAUUGAACCAUGGUGUAGAUAUAAAUGCAAAAACUAGUGAUUAUGAAACGCCACUCCAGCUUGCCAUCCACUGUCGCUUGGCUGACGUAGUGGAUGCACUAUGUACCAGAGGGGUUGAUAUGUCGGCUACGGACAAACACGAGAACUGUGCCUUGUGGGCCGCCUUAGACCAUGGGCAAGAAGACAUUGCUAGCAUACUGGUCCGCCAUGGAGCAGAUACUGAUUGUUGGGGUCCUGGCCCGGAGGGAUGUCGACAGACCUUAUUACACAGGGCUAUCGAUGAAAACAAGGAAGCGGCAGCGAUAUUUCUCAUCCAAGCAGGGUGUGAUUUGAACUCUCCGAGGAUGCCUGGUCCGAACGGAGCAGGUGGGGAUGAGGCCAAAGAUAAACGAUCGCCUCUGCAUCUGUGUUGUCAGUGGGGAUUGGAACCAGUUGUUAGGACUUUGGUAGAACACAGAGCUAACGUGAACAUUAGAGAUGCCGAAAAUAAAACGCCGCUUCAUAUCGCCAUAGAAAGUCAACAAGAUGAGAUAAUAUCGUUGCUGUUGAGCGUUCCAGAAAUUGAUCUGAGCAUAAGAGAUAAAGCGGGUUUGAGCCCGUUUGCAACUGCAUUAACUUUUAGAAACAAUAAAGCAGCUCAAGCAAUUCUGGACAAAUUGCCAAGUGCAGCGGAACAGUUCGAUGCAAAAGGUCAGAACUUUCUUCAUAUCGCUAUCAAGAAAGGAGACAUUGAGAGUGCUUUGUUUCUUCUCACAGUGCAAGUGGAUGUCAACUCUAGAGUUCAAGAUCCGAUGCUAACUCCGCCCAUUCAUUUAGCUGCUCGAUAUGGGAACGAAACAUUAGUGAGAAGUCUAAUAUUAGCAGGUGCCAGAGUGGAUGACAGAGAUGCUCAGAAACGUACUGCUCUUCAUGUAGCUUCCGAAGCUGGUAACGGACCAGCAGUAUCUGCCUUACUCCAAAAUAAUGCAGAUUGUGAUGCAGUCGAUGUUGAAAAUGACAAUGCCCUACAUAUUGCUGUCAGAGAAGGACACCUGAAUGUCGUUAGGGUAUUACUGACUGAAUCUACAAUAGACGCCGAGGCGAAUAAUUUAAAGGGUCGAAAUCCUCUUCAUGAACUCUGUAAAUUAGGAAAAGAAAAUGCUGCAGCUAUUUGCGAACUAUUUUUAGAGUGUAUGCCGAAUUAUCCUAUAAAUAAUCCUGACAUUAUGGGCAAUUCACCUCUACUUCUAGCGUACAUGAAAGGUCACGCAAAUCUCUGCCGUGUUUUGGUCAAGGCAAACGCUUGCCUUUCUACCGAAAACUGCGAAAGAAUAACGAUUUUCAAUUACCAGGUACCCAGCAAGCAACUUCUCAAUCGCCUUCUGGAUCAACUAUCCCAACCCGCAACUUGGACAAGCACCGACUCGUGUCAAGAGUGUGGCAAAAAUUUCUCGAUCACAGUCAGAACACAUCACUGCAGGCACUGCGGUAGGGCACUUUGCAGCAAAUGCUCUGAUCAAGAAGUGCCAAUCAUUAAAUUUGGAGAAAACAAACCGGUCCGGGUAUGCAAAGUGUGUUUUGAUGUUUUGAAAACCGGUGCAAGCUAGACUGGAUCUGUUCUUGCUGGAUAAGAACUUAGUUUGGAUGUUGUCGAUUGAAGUGAGCGAAUAGUAUGAUUGCGGCAACAAAUCAAUAACCGAGGAUGAUAAUCGUAUCUACUAGAUAAAUUCAACAUCGCCUCAAAAAUAGUGUAUUUAUCCAAGUUUAAUGUUUUAUAUAUCUGUAUAAAUAAUGUUUUACGAUUUUAUUAGGAUCAAGCCAUGACUGAAUGUGAUGAGAAGUUUAUAUCAAUAACAACUUUGACUGAAAACAUUUCAGAGUUCUUGACUCAUUAUUUAGCAUGCAUCAGGUAUGUUUUCGAUUGUUUAAUAUGUAAUGCACAUGAUUUUUCUCUUCACUAAUUUUACUACCAAAGAAAUACUAACGUGAGGAAUUACUGUCAAAUUAUAUUUACUAAUACAUUCCGUUAUCUGCGAUAUUCACCAAGUGAACACAUCUUUCAGAACCAGAAGUUUCACAUUUUCUAUGAGCUCUUAUACUUGAGGUUAUUUUUACGUUUGAGUUGAAGAUUGUAGAACAAUCUUUAUCACACUUCACUGUCAAAUGUUCCAUAAAAUUGCUUUAUAUUAGAUUAUAUAUUUUUUGCAGUUUGUUUUUUUAUUAUCAAAUUUUUAUUCGAGAAACACUUCAUUGUGAAAUUUUCAUUUAACAGUUUACAAAACCGCAACAUGUGUUUCACUAUACAAUAGUUUCCUCAGGCAUGUAAAUUGAGAUUUAUGCUUUUUACACCUCAUCAGUCCAAAUUUGAAAUGAAUUCAAAGCCUUAUUCCUUCUUUUGAAUGGUAAAUCAGAGCAAAGUUCUUAGUUCAAAGUUCCAAUAUUUGUAUCACUACUUUUUCCUCAAGUGUAGAUGUUCGCACAAAAAACAAACUCAAAUUUUUAUGUUUUUAUCAACAACCCAAAUUCGUUAGUUUCCAUAUCAAUAUUCAUCACAUUGGAAGACUUGUGAAUAAAAGUCAGAUCCAAGGAUGGUAAUGAAUUUUUUUGGAUUUAAUGACUGAUAAUUUGUUUUUUUCUAUAUGUUCAAGAAGAUUCUCAGCCACAUGCCAAUUCUACCAAGGAAAGAGUUGAAGAUUUGAAAGUAACAAUAGAGUGAAUUGGAAUUAGAGAAUUCCCUUGAAGAUUUUUUAAUGAUUUCUUUCUGCGAUCUACUCCAUAGCUUUAUCAGUAUAUUUGCCGUUCUUAGACUUUUGAAUAUUGGAAUAUUUAAUGCAAAAUCUAGUUUAUAUAAAAUGAUAUAAAAAUAGAUUUUCAUCAAAGGGUAUUUCGUAAUGUUACAGCCAAAAUAAACUUAGUUUCCUAUGAACUGAUUACUUAAUCACAGCAAGGUUUGAUUACAUAAUAGGAGUAUUUUUGAUGACGAAGAAUGUAUGUAUAAUGAUGAAUAAAAAGACUUCAGAAAAGAGUGUAUAGGUUCUAUUAAUGAUUGCCUGGUUGUCAUUCAAUCUAUAGUAAGUUUCACGAUAGUUUAGCUUCAAAUUUGUUUAAUAUCCUCCUACAUCAUUGCAAUCUGUAAAGAACUGAUGUCGAAUGAAUACUGAGGUACAAGAUAUAUUUUUCUAUACCUGAUUCGUUAUUAAUUGAAAUUCAGUGUGAGUAUCAGUUGGUGUGGAAAUAAUUUUUUUUUGCAGUUUUUGGUACAACAUAUAUACAUAACAAUCUUUUUUUAUUAUCAUACCAUCUUGAAUUGAAUGAAAAAAUGCAACCGCAGAAAUCGGUCAAUACCUUUGAACUUUCAAUCAAGAACCGCUCUGGUUUCAUUAAUUGUGUUUAUUAUCCUAUGUUCCAUUAAACACUCUAUAUUGUGUAAUGUUACUUCAAUAUAUAUUUUAAUGUUGUUAACAAGUUCUUCAAUAAAAUAUAAGAUUUUUGGUA